CGGAAUCGAGCAGCUCAGACAUUGGUGGCGAGGAAGAUGGCGGACUGAGGUUUACCGAAAAAGAUUCAAAUUUAACACCUGACAGCCAUUUACAUUCUCAAAUAUUUUUUUUUCUUAAGCCCACAAAACAAGGGUUGGAGCGAUGGAGUUUUACCUGAAGUAAAGAUUGAAGACGUGAUAGAAGAUGGACGACUACUGCUAUGCUAAGAUGGCGACGUCAUGUCAAAGAGAACAUUCCAGCAAAUCACCAACGGAGAUAAAGACGGAAGAUGAAGAUGUCCAGCAGCUGAUCGGUCAUCAUGAAGAACUUGCGCCUCAACGGCAGGGCGGGAGCCUCACUUUGAAGCAGGAGGCUUCACAGCCACCUCACAUUAAAAAGGAAGAAGAGGAACUAUGGAUCACUCAGAAGGAAGAGUGUCUUCUAGGGCAGGAAGAAGCUGAUCCCACCAAGUUUCCACUGAGUAUUGUCUCUGUGAAGACUGAAGAUGAUGAAGAGAAACCACAACCAGACAACCACUUGGCUCCACUAUCAGAUAGUGAGGCUGAAGAAGAGGUUAAAGAUUCUUUGAGCAGCGAUACAGACUCUGAAGGUGAUAUGAGGACUCACACUGACAACAAACACUCUAAAAAGAAGACAUGUAAAAAUAAUUUGCGCUGUUUAGUUUGUGGCACAAUAUGUACUAAAAAGAGCCUUUUGACUCAACACAUGAGAUCACACACGGGAGAAAAACCAUUUAACUGUUCAAAUUGCGGCAAAAGCUUUUCUCAAAAUAGCGUUUUAAUUCAACACAUGAGAACACACACUGGAGAAAGACCAUUUGAUUGUUCCGUUUGUGCCAAAAACUUUUCUCACAAAAGCAGUUUGACCCAACACAUGAGAACACACACCGGAGAAAAGCCGUUUAAUUGUUCAGUUUGCAGUAAAAGCUUUUCUCAAACAAGCAGUUUGAUACAACACAUGAGAACGCACACAGGGGAGAGACCAUUUGAAUGUUCUGUUUGUGGUAAAACAUUUUCUCACAAGAGCAGUUUCACUCCACACAUGAGAACACACACAGGAGAAAAACUAUUUAUUUGUUCAGUGUGCGGUAAAAGCUUUUCUCAAACUAGCAGUUUGACUCGACACAUGAGAACGCACACAGGAGAAAAACCCUUCGAUUGUUCAGUUUGCAGUAAAAGCUUCACUUUACAGUGCCAUUUGACUCAACACAUGACAACACACACAGGAGAAAAACUAUUUAAUUGUUCAGUUUGCGGUAAAAGCUUUUCUCAAAACAGCAGUUUGACUCAACACAUGAGAACACACACGGGAGAAAAACCCUUUGAUUGUUUAGUUUGUGGUAAAAACUUCACUCACAAAAACAGUUUGACUCAACACAUGACAACACACACGGGAGAAAAGCAGUUCAACUGUACAGUUUGUGGUAAAAACUUUUCUCACAAGAGCAGUUUGACCGAACACAUGAGAAAGCACACAGGACAAAAAAAAUUUAAUUGUUCAGUUUGUGGUAAAAGGUUUUCUCGAAGGAGAGAAUUACCCGUGCACAUGAGCAUGCACACAGGAGAAAAGCAGUUUAAUUGCUCAGUUUGCGAUAAGGGCUUUACUAAAAAAUGCCAUUUGACUCAACACAUGCGAACGCACACAGGAGAAAGACCCUUUAAUUGUUCAGUUUGCUGUAAAACCUUUUCUCAUAAGGGCAAUUUGACCGACCAUAUGAGAACGCACACUGGAGAAAGACCAUUUAGUUGCUCCGUUUGCAGUAAAAGCUUUUCUCAUAGACUAAGUUUGACUCGGCACAAAAUGAAACACACAGGAUGAAAAACCAUUUAGCUGUUUAAUUUCAGGCACUGAAAUGGGACAAUUGCGUGGUCACCCGAGAUCGCACAGCAGUCGAAAUAAUUAGGUUUAGUACACUGUGAGAGUUAUCCUCCUGUCCAAGGUAAAAUGAAGUUUAAUUUGAUGAGUACGCAUACAGUAGGAACAUAAUUAUUCGGUUCUGGGUCCUCAUUUGUAAGUCGGUGUCGUCAGCGCUCACAAAAUCUGCCAUGAUGAGUGGCAGCAAACACAGAACUCUCUCCCGAUGCCAUUUUUUGUUGAUGGAAGUCGUGUAAAAAUGCUUUGCAAUAUGAAUCCCUGUCAUGGGUGUCAAACUCUGGCCCGCCGUGUAAUUUAAUUUGGCCCUUGAGGCAAUAUCAAUUUAGCAUUAGAGCUGGCCCGCCGGUGUUAUACAGCGUCGGUGCCGCAUUCACCGCUAAUACUCAUACUUGCCAACCCUCCUAAUUUUCCCGGUAGACUCCCGAAGUUCAGUGCCCCUCCCGGGGCAACCAUUCUCCCGAAUUUCUACCGAUUUCCACCUGGACAACUAUAUUGGGGGCGUGCAUUUAAGGAACUGCCUUUAGCGUUCUCUACAACCUGUCGUCACGUCCGCUUUUCCUCCAUACUAACAGCGUGUCACAUAUUUGUGGCUUUUACAUACACACACAAGUGAAUGCAAGCAUACUUGGUCAACAGCCAUACAGGUCACACUGAGGGUGGCCGUAUAAACAACUUUAGCACUGUUACAAAUAUGUGAACCCACACCAAACAAGAAUGGCAAACACAUUUCGGGCGAACAUCCGCACCGUAACACAACAGAACAAAUACCCAGAACCCCCUGCAGCACUAACUCUUCCGGGAAACUUCCAGCAAACUGACCAAUAAUUAAUGUUUUAUUCAUGCAUUUUCUCUUGCUACUUCAAGGCUUGAAUGUUUGGUUCAUUCGUUAUUGUUAUUUUAUUUUCAAAUGUAUUAUUAGCCUGUGGAAAUUUUUUUUUUUAGAUUUACCUCAGAAGAUUGCAAAUAGAAAAAAAAGGCAUAACAUUUUUAUUUAAAUUUUAUUUAAUAUGCGGUUGAUAUUUUUUUAAUUAUUAAUAUUAUUAAUAUUAUUUGAAACUGGAUUUUGCAUGUCACUAAAGUUAUAUAAGCCUUGCUUGUUCAAUAUUUAAUGCAAAACUUCUUUGGGUCCCUAUUAAAAGGUUCAUUUUGUCAACCUUGUUCCGUUUAAAAUGUUGUCCCACUCUGUAUUUGAGUUUGACACACCUGAUCCAGGUAUUACAUUUCUGACAAAAAAUGUCGAACAUGACCAAAAUACUGUAAUUAUUUAAGUUCAAGGACCAAUGAUAGUCUCACACACACUAAUUGUGGCGAAAUGAUUGUCUGCAUUUGACCCAUCACCCUUGAUCACCCCCCUGGGAGGUGAGGGGAGCACUGGUGGCCACGCCCGGGAAUCAUUUUUGGUGAUUUAACCCUCAAUUCCAACCCUUGAUAGUCUUUGGUAUGACUCGGCCGGGGUUCGAACUCACAACCUACCCAUCUCAGGGCGGACACUUUAAGGUUAUGAUUAAUUUGUUUGUCACUAAUUGUGUAUAUAUAUAUAUAUAUAUAUAUAUAUAUAAAUGAUGUUUUCCAUUUUAAAUGAAUUUUGAAGGCUUUAUUGGUAGAAUAGAUGAAGCCCCACAACAGUUACCGACUUUUUAGAAUGCACAGAAAAUGGAAAGACGGUUGUGCUUCUCUUACAUGAGGAUCUGUGGACAAUGGCUUAUUAGUGAUUCCCAAAGCCCAAAAAAAGUCUGCGGGCUAUAGAGCGUUUUCCGUUCGGGCUCCAGUACUCUGGAAUGCCCUCCCGGUAACAGUUCGCGAUGCCACCUCAGUAGAAGCAUUUAAGUCUCACCUUAAAACUCAUUUGUAUACUCUAGCCUUUAAAUAGACUCCCUUUUUAGACCAGUUGAUCUGCCGUUUCUUUUCUUUUUCUCCUAUGUCCCACUCUCCUUUGUGGAGGGGGUCCGGUCCGAUCCGGUGGCCAUGUACUGCUUGCCUGUGUAUCGGCUGGGGACAUAUCUGCGCUGCUGAUCCGCCUCCGCUUGGGAUGGUUUCCUGCUGGCCCUGCUGUGGACGGGACUCUCGCUGCUGUGUUGGAUCCGCUUUGGACUGGACUCUCGCGACUGUGUUGGAUCCAUUAUGGAUUGAACUUUCACAGUAUCAUGUUAGACCCGCUCGACAUCCAUUGCUUUCCUCCUCUCCAAGGUUCUCAUAGUCAUCAUUGUCACCGACGUCCCACUGGGUGUGAGUUUUCCUUGCCCUUAUGUGGGCCUACCGAGGAUGUCGUAGUGGUUUGUGCAGCCCUUUGAGACACUAGUGAUUUAGGGCUAUAUAAGUAAACAUUGAUUGAUUGAUAAAAUUGAUAAAUAAACUGCAGUUUUCCCUAAAACAGGAAACAAGACAGCCACGAUAUCCCGAGUCACUUUAAUAACACCCAGCUUUGUCUCUCUUCAAGAAAGUGUUAACAUGUUCUAACCCAAGCAAUUAUUUUCCUUCUUGUGAAUUUAAAAGGAAUUUUACCUCUCGUUCACAAUCUUUAUGAGAGACAAGAACUUGGUUUUUUUUCAUUUUAACGUAAAAAUCGGCUCAUUCUACGUGGCUAGCAAGGCAGCUAAUUAUUAAUUCUACCACUAAAUCACUUUAAAAACGCAUUUAAAAACUUUCAAAAAUACUCAGUUUACGUUCUUUAGCCUGUGUAGUAACCAAGCUGUAGCUACAUUGUUAUUGUAAGACUGAUUACCGAGUAGCAUUUUUUUUUCUAGCGUAGUAACCCAUCGGCGUGCUACGGUAUUAGCCAAGAGAUAAGCUAGCUUCUGGAUCACCAGCUGAAUGGCGUUUUGAGUUUGUAAUGCACAACACAAUGUGAUAGGACAUUAAUCUAACAUGAACAAUCAUAUUACAGAAUCUGUAAAGUAUCAGCCCACAUUUCAUGUUUUGUUUGUAAACAACUAGCUUGGCAGUGUACGCACUGUAGUCGUAUGAACGCGCAUAACAUGCUGCGUGUAUCACGAUCGAUAUUAAAGUGACUUAUUCGAUGGACAUGUGUGUGUUUGGUUAUUUUAAAUUGACUUUGGGUAAGCACACCAUUUAUGUCGAUACAUUUUGGCUCCAAGCUCCACAUUUGCAGUGCCAAAGUCACGCCAACCUCACUCUCUCUGCUUCCGUCCGCUCUAUUGUCUCACUCUUCCUCCAAGUUCAUCCUCUGUAUACUCAACUUCAAAAAGUUCAUAUAGCAGUUUUAUCCCAUUUCCUUGUGCUCUGUUUGUAACAGAACAGUGAGUAAAUAAAUGGGAACAUUGAAUAUACCGUGAGUAAACAAAUAUUAAAUACGAAAUUAACAUUAGACAUAUACACUAUAACUAAAGUUUUCAACAAUAAAUAGUUAUGUAAUUUACGGUUCGCCCAGGAGAUGAAUGAGAUUGUUUUUUUUUAAGAUGUUUAUCAUAAUUCUUUGUACUUUGUGAAGACUUGUAGUUUGAAUUAAGUUUUUAAACUCAAUCAUACUUGUACACAGUUUAAAUUCUUUGGUAAAUCCAUGACAUCAUUUAAUUCCACAUAUGGAUAUGCUAAAAGUCUUAAGUGUUGUACAUGCAUACAAAUGUUUUGAACAAGAUUUUCCUCAAAGGUUAUAUUUUCCUCUUUUUUUUUGAGAAGAAUUGUUGUACAUUUUAGAUGUUUGCCAAUGCACCAAGUCCUUGAAUUUCAUUACUUGUGAUUCAAUAAAUAAAAUGUUUGUAUGUUUUCUACAUCCAACA